AUGGAUAUCUCACGUAGUUUCUUCAGAAUCAUCACCCCUUCCCUGAAUCACAAUAUUCAGUUGAUACUUCCUACAUCUUUUGUCAAUGACUGGAAGCAACAACUUUGUGAUGCAAUACAAGUAACUGCAUAUGAUGGCAUAAUAAUUGUCACCAUCAAAUUAGAAAUAGUCGAUGGAAAAAUAUAUCUAGCCGAUGGAUGGGAACAAUUUUUCGACCAUCAUAAUUUACAAGAUGGUUAUGUUCUAGUAUUCGAAUAUAACGGUAAUUUCAAAUUAAAUAUGACUAUAUUUGACCAUUUUGGGUUAGAGGUUACAUACGACUCUGAUGAAAAAGGCCAAGAAGGAAACACUUCAGAUAAUCCCAUAUUUGAAAUAACAUUAACACCUCGUCUUAACAGAUCAGAUCCACGAUUCUCUGCAAUUGUCGAAAUUUGUGCUCAACAUUCAGAUCCACGAUUCUCUGCAUCAAAAUUGGGACAUUACCACAAAUUUAAGACUAAGUGGCGUAAUAAGAUGUCUCACUAUAGGUUGGGCUGA